UUCUGUAAGUAACUCAAUUAUUACAGAUUUGCCCAUCCUUUUGGAAAUAAUAAUUGGUUGAGUUUACAAAGUUUCUCUGAAGCUUAUAAACAAGAGACUCAAGAAACAUACUCAGUGACUACAUGGAGGAACAUUUGUGUUUGUAGCUAAUUCCACAGACCUGUAUCUCUUCAUUCUCCACUCUCGGUUCUUCUGUCGUCACAUUGUUGUUAAAACAGAAGAUCUGAUACGGAAAAGAAAUCUCCAGCCUCAUUAUCCUGUCCUCUUUAAGGUAUUGUUUCACAAGAAGGUGCGGAAUAGAUUGAUCACUGGCCUGCAGCUAUUUUGAUCAACCUGAGGAAUUUUGGAUCUAAUUUACAUACGAUAUGCGUGUAUAUAAUAUAUAUAAACCAUCGUGACACACGAAUAAGUAAUCUUUGAAGUUUUUUUCUCUCUCUAAACGAACCAAUUCACAUUUCCUGGAACGAAACUAGGUUUCUGUUUUCGGCACUGUGGUGUUUUACCCCAGCUCCGGCCCCGCCUGAUCAGUUUGGCCUCAAUACCCCUAAGAUCAGAACGCUGGUGAGAAACAUUCAGUGAAAACGCACCCAGCUUUGAGUACAUGUGCAAGUGUUGGUAUACAGAAACGUGGUCCGCUUCCCUUUUAAGUAUUCUGGGUAAGGGAGGUAUUUUGUGACUGGCUCUUUGGACGUGUUGUUUUGGAGAGAGUCAGCGUGGUUUAGUUCGAUCCUCUUUUUAUCGGUCGUUUGCGAGGGGUUUAAACUGGUCGCUUCCACAUUACUGACCAGGGCAAAGUAAUAAAAUCUCGCUGAAGGAUUUCGGUUGAUGGUUGGCAGCGUGGACAAGGACACUAUAAAGAAUAUGUGAUCGGCGCGAAGAACCACCCAACUCGUUUCUCGUCUCAGAGUGUCGGACAGCGGGGGGCCAUGGACGCCAAGGACGGCAGUUUCGCGGAGCGCUACGAGCCAGUGGCCGAGAUCGGGGAGGGAGCGUACGGCAAGGUUUACAAGGCCAGGGACAGGAAACACGAAGGGCGCUUCGUGGCUCUCAAGAAAGUCCGGGUGCAGACCGGGGAGGAGGGGAUGCCGCUGUCUACCAUCCGUGAGGUGGCCGUCCUCCGGCAGCUCGAGUCCUUUGAACAUCCCAACGUGGUCAGGUUGUUUGAUGUUUGCACCGUGUCUCGGACAGACCGUGAGACCAAAUUGACUCUAGUCUUUGAACAUGUUGACCAAGAUCUGACUACCUAUCUGGAGAAAGCCCCAGAGCCAGGGGUCCCCCCGGAAACAAUAAAGGACAUGAUGUUGCAGCUGCUGCAAGGGUUGGACUUCCUCCAUUCACACCGCGUGGUCCAUCGAGACCUGAAGCCCCAAAACAUACUCGUAACCAGCAACGGCCAAAUCAAGCUUGCGGACUUUGGCCUGGCUCGCAUCUAUAGUUUCCAGAUGGCUCUUACAUCUGUGGUUGUCACUUUGUGGUACCGGGCACCGGAAGUCUUGCUGCAGUCAAGUUACGCAACGCCAGUUGACCUAUGGAGUGUUGGCUGUAUAUUUGCAGAGAUGUUCCGUCGUCGAGUUCUCUUUCGUGGCAAUUCCGAUGUUGACCAGUUAGGAAAAAUCUUUGAUGUACUUGGUCUUCCCAGUGAGGAUGACUGGCCAACAGAUGUGGCUCUGCCAAAAAAUGCAUUUUCUACAAGAUCACCACAGCCCAUACAGGACUUAGUACCAGAGAUAAGCGAACCAGGGAAAGACCUGCUGCUGAAAUUCCUAACUUUUAAUCCAGAAAAGAGAAUAUCUGCUUUCGAUGCACUGUCCCACCAGUAUUUUAUGGACCACGAGAAACAUGCUGAGAGUCAGAACGUGUCUCUAUCUCCUAACCAGCCUUCUUCUGAAGUGAAGACAGCUUAGCAUUCUCAAAAGUUUUGUUUUGUUCCUGAGAGGUUUACUUGACAAGUCAAAUAUUUUGCGAUAUAGCAAUAUCUCCUCCAUAUGCUGCUUUUGAAACGUCUCUAACUUGUGCUUUCUUGACUUAAUGCCCCACAUUAGUAUUUUUGAAACAAUGCAAGAACUGUUGCGGUUUCUGCCACCGUCCCUCAUGUCUCCACCUUCACUUGUGGAUAAUUCUGAACAUAAUUAAAUGCUGCAAAUGUUACCUGAAUGUGGAAUGCUGCAACGGUGAAGUGGAACACCAAAUACAAUCACUGCCAGACCUGCUAACUCUUAUGUACCCAGCUGCUAAGGCCAGGUUUCGAUCAGUAAAUCAAAAUGUUAAGUUUUCUAACUGACGAAUGUUUUUUGAACAACUUCAAAAUGGACAACUUCAGCCACGGUCCCUGAUACUGUGAAUCUUCAAUAUCAGCCAAAUUGGCAAGAAGUCACAAAAUCCAUUGAAGGAGGUCGCUUUGUGGCAUUAUUGGGAAGAAGACAUUUUGAAAGUUAUUUUUUUUUAAAAAAUGCAUCACAUUUUCUUGACAGAAAACUAUAAAAUUCAGGACUACUUUUCUGCUAUUGUUGCUUAUUAAUGGUAUUUUUGAAAUAAUUGUGUUAACAGAAGAGAGAUAUCUGCUAACAAAAAUUUAACUCCCUGGAGUUAUCAAAAUCUUAACACAUAUCAAAAUAUUUCUUUGCAAAGUGAGACAGCUCAUGUAUGGAAGAUGCUCUGUAAAACUUAAAGCAUUGUAACACUCCUGUCUCGCGCUUACAAAACAUUAAAUGCCCAUUGUAGCACCAGGUGAUCAAGUGUAGAAGGUUGAAGAUGACCCAAUUAGUGCAUGAAGUUUUUGAACUUGAAACAGGCUUGAUAUUCACCACCUUCAUAUAAAAACCUUGAAGAAAUAAAAAUUUGUCUGUAAAUGUAUGAGUUUUUGCCCAGUUUACUCUGCCGGCAUAUAGUGUUUGCUUGUGGAAAACUGGAUACUAGAUGUGCAUCUUCCGAGUGAAGCUGUAAACUUAUUGAGACAUUAUUAAGUGGCAUCACUGUUUGUUUGUCGCAGAUUUGCAUUCUUCCAUUUUUAUGUAUAUAUCUGGAAUGAAAACAAAUUGCAAAAAUGAAGAUGCUGGAAGUACUCUGGAGACCAGUCAGCAUCUAUGAAAAGGGGAAUACAGUUGGAUAUCACCGGUAUGAGCUUGAAAGAUUAAAUCUGUUUCUGUCCCUACGUAUUGUCUGAUCUUCCACAUACUUCCAGCAUUACUGGGUUUAUUCUGUAUCUCCAGCAUUAGGAUUAGGUUUCAGAUUAGGAUAUUGUUGGUCUCAAAUUGUAACAAAUAUGUAUUUUUUUGAAGACAGACUUUACUAUUAUCGCUGAUGGAUGGCUUCAGUUGGGCUGUCGAUAGAGUCCUGGGCCAGUCUUUCAGACUUUGAAGGUAUAGCCCAUCAAACGUUCUUCUUCCAAGGAUGAGGUCUUUAGAACCCUAACUCUUUUGGUCUUUCUGUAGCUUUAGGUUUUUGUGGAAUGGGGUUGCUAGCCCCAUGUCCAACUUUUCUCUCCAGCCAGGCUUGGGACUGCCUCUGGUGGAGUUAUAAACUAUGUGGAAGUGAAAUGGUGUAUAUAAUUAAUUUGCAUUUAUUACCCUUGAAACUCUGCAGUUUACAUAAUUGAUUGUUGGUGAGAUUGGCUCAAAUGUUGUGGUCAGCUGUGAAAUGGAGCUUACUUUGAAAGACAACAGCCUCUGUGGUCAGAAUUUUACCCUGCCCAGUGGCAGUACAGCCAGGUACCUUCUUGUGGGGGUCCCUACCAGUCAAACACCAGUAAUGUGAUCAGGCCAUCACACCAAUGGUGAUAUUAACAUUUAGAUAAUUUAGAAACUGAAAUAUCUGAAAUAAACUUUUUAGAAAGAAAAUAUCUUUUAUUAUUUUUGAAAGAGUGAAAUUUUAAAAUAAUUAUCUGGGAGGGGAGUGACAAUCUAGAGAAAAUACACUUUUGAUCCACAGAAAAAACAGGCAUUUUUAUGGCAUGUUUAAUGACCCUGCUGCUCAAGAGUUUUUUGUUCAGGUGUCAGUAGUUGGGAAAUGUCUGAUAAUUUCACUGAUUUACUGAUUUCUGUGAAUUAUACCAAUUAGACCCUUUACAGAAACAGCGGAUCACUGACAGCUAAUUCAGAAUUUCCUCAUUUCAUUGUACAUGUGCCUAUUCCAGAAAUGUCAGAGGUAUUUUCCUCCAUUAUAAUGGUGAACUAUAAAAUCACACACUUUUUCAUUGCAAACACCAGACUGAUACAUGGUAAUGCAAUUUGUUAUUACGAGGGAACUAUAUAUAAUCACAUUGUAUGAUUAGUUAUGGUGCUUUAGUGACAGAUGACAUAGCAGAUGUGAUAUUGAGUGGAAUAUAUUUAGGAUGGAGUUCAGUGUCGAUGAAGUACAUCUCAUCUUUGUGACUAGUGGACUAGUGUGUGUGUGUGUGUAUAUAUAUAUAUAUAUAAAAUAUACAUACAACUGAAAACCAUUCACGAAUAUGUAAAUAUGUUCCACAAAAUACACCUGUCUUCUAUAAGUAUUAAUGUCCUAAACUUUUGGACAUAACAUUUUUAAACAAUGUAUUGUUUCCAAUUCAACCGGGGCUCCCUAUGGUUUUUAAUGCCAUGGUCCAAAACCAUUUAACAAGGGUCCAUGGACCCCAGGUUGGGAACUUUUGUUUUAGAGAAUUAUUUUAAAUAUUUCAAGACAGCCCUCAGGCUGAGGUAGAUAAUUAGUUUAAAAAACUUCAUAUUUGUGCAUUUUGGACUUAAUUUGAUUUAAAACAAAAUGAUCACCACAUUUUGGUAUCUCUAGCAGCUACCAAAAGUGGAGAGACAGAGAGCUCAACAAAAAGAGACAAGCAGAUAAUAAACUAUCAUUUGUUUAAUUAACAGUAGUGUGCUCUUUCUUUUAAAACUUUACGACUAUAUAAACUUACUUUGAAUUAGGAAUAAUGCAACAAAAUGCAAGUUGAAACUAUUAUUUCUAAGGCUUGUUAGGUUUGAUAUUUCCAUGUUGUGCAAAACCCUCCUUGGUGAUUCUCCAAGCUGCACUUCAUCACUUCUCUGAAACAUUGAUGUUAAUUUCUUAAGAUUAAUGUAAGUGUGAAACUGAAGUGUAAAGCUGUUGUUUUGUUUUUUAUCCCUCUGUCCAAUAGGUGAUAUUUCCAAAAUGUUAAGGCAAGGAGCAGUAUAUAUAUGAAAGCCAAUUUAUUCUAGAAACAAGAAUCAGAAAAAUUAGUUAGAUCUGUUCAUUGUUUAUCUCACAGCUAAGGACCCACUUGGUUAAAAUAAUAAGAAUUGUUUUCCCUGUCAGUUAAAUCUUAGAAUAAGAGGAAAACGCAGUUAAUGAUCAAACUUUAGAAGCAUGAUGUGCAGCUGCACACACCAUUCAUUACAAAGAACGAAUGUGAGAGAAGAAAACAUUUAAACAAAACAAAGUGUAUGAACUGGAAAGGUGCAGAAAUUGUGUGAGAACUGAAAAUCUGUUAUGAAUGCGCGCAAGGACUACCUUGAGAUCCAUUUGUGUGGAAAUGAGAAUUAAGUUCUUAGGCAUUACAGGAAUCAACGAGUUCAAGGCAUCUGGGGAAGAUGUAAAUGAGGGUUGUUAAUGACAAUGGCAGAACCUGGCAGACAGAAACUGAUAAAUAAUGCAAACUCGAUUUACUAUAAAAAAGGAGAAUGGUUAACAUUUUUUAAUUCAACGUUACCAAAGGAAGAAUAUUUUAUAUUAUGCAAUUGGGUGUUUGAAAUUGUUUGAUUAUAUCCAGGUCUAGAUUUUGUACGGUACAAAACUGGAAGUCGAUUAAACUAUUGAAUAUUACUGUUUGAUUGAGCUUGUAGAAGUGAGCCAAGUUGUGAUCUGAACCAUAACGCAUCACAGCUCUGUGUGUUUCUGUUUCUGAGUGUUUUAAGUGGGCUGCAAAAAAGGAUUAAGGACAGAAAGUUGAGUUUGACAAGAGUUUGAAUUGGAAGUGUUGCAUUGUGUGCUACUCUCAUGAUUAAUAAAUCAAGCCUUCAAAUAACUUUACCAGAUGGUUCAAUGGUGCUGUAAGAAUAGUUGAAACAUUUGAGUCAUGGUGUGAGGCCUUCAGUUAGAAUCUGUAUCCCUGGAUUGGAAAAGCAGGAAAUUUGCUAGAAUUCUGCUUAUCAAAAUCAUCACAUUACCAACAAAAGCUGCUUAGACUUGGUGCAAGCAUUUAAAGAGAUAUGCACAGCCACUAAGGAAAUCAUCUCGUGCCAGUAAACAUAGAGUUUGGAUUUUCAAUCAAACCUACACCAGAUCUAGGACAAUAUCACCGUGUUUAAAUGCCUUUCUUUCUGUAAUCUAUUCUCCAGACUGCUAUGUAUUAUUUUAAAUUCAAUAUUUUUUAGAGGAAGAUGAAAGUGCUUCUUCCUUCUCCCUGUUCUUGCUAUGUCCAUUCUCCUCUUGGUUCCAAGCAGGGUGUCAGUGGACCAUAAGAACAGUCAUAUGUUAUUGUAUAAGCUGCUGUGCAUUUGCUCAGCAAGUCAGGCAACAGGACUGAUAGUGGAGAGGAAUAAACAGUCAAUGUUUAGAGUUGGGACCCUUCAUGUGCGCCGAUGGUGGUGGUGGGGGGGGGGGUUGUUGGCCCAAAAUGUCAACUGCUGCCUGGCCUGCUGAGUUCCUCCAGCAUUUUAUGCCUUCCUCAAGGUUUCCAAUGUUGCCGAACACAUGUGUGUAGAGUUGUUACUGCCCAUGCACACUAAAAAUGAACUGCUGGUGCUUUUGCUGUUUACUGGCAUUGGUUCUCCCACCAGUCCAAAGCCAACCCUGCCAUAAAAUGGGCUAUUUAUGUACUAUAAUCACACUGAUUGCUGUCAGAAUUACUGCCAAACUGCACCCAUUUACAGCUGUUAGAUAGAUUAGUUAAAUAAUUUUUGUGGGACUGCAUGGUAUCAUAAUGGUUAGUGUAAUGCUUUACCUCUCCAUUGGAUAGAGAGCAGUCUUAAAGCAAGUUCUUAUUUAAAUAAUUUUGUUCCAUAUAUUUAUUCAAACCUUUCUAUUUGUGAUCAUAAGAGGCUUUGCUAAGAAAUAUCAGUUUAACAGUUUACAAUUGUAUGUUACCUGAAGUCAAGGAAUGCUUUGACAAUUUGCUGUUUGAAUGAUAUCUGGUUAGUUAGAAAAGAUGAAGUCCGCCAUGUGUUAGUUGUACAACUGCUAGUGUUGCAAAGUACAUAACAUGCAGAGCAGCCUUCGUUUCGUUUGCAUAGAUAACAUAAGGUUGCAACAAGAGUUCUAGUUAAACCUACAAUGGCAGUUUAUACUUUUUAUACAUUACUGUUUUAGUGACAAAUUGAUUUGUUGUAAUAUGCCGUAACAUAGUUUACCUCGGGCUCAAAUUGAUCACUCUGUUAAAAACUUUACAAACACAUUCACAUCUUCAGGAUGUAACAUGCACCUGGAGGCACUCAUGCUGAAGGGCCUCGGCUGAAAUUUCAUCUAUUCAUUCCUCUCUGAAGAUACUGCCCGACCUGCUGUGUUCCUCCAGCAUUUUGUGUGCCUUACUGUGGAUUUCCCUUAGUGACUUACCUUGACAGCUUGCUUAUUUUUUAAAUUUAUGAGCCUGCAGAUAUUUUGUUUCACCCCUUAUUUCAUGCAUGUUGUAGUUUAAUUUGAGCAUUAAAGCUGAAAUGUUCUGUGACAUGCUAAAUCUUAAAGGUAAUCUGGGAUUGGUUAACCCGACCAAACAUUACUGCACGUCAGAUAUCAUACAGUAAAGCAGGUCAAAUACACAUAUAAAAUAUUUUUCUGUGGAUACCUCAUCUAUAUAUCCCUGUAAGAUUUCCACAUUAAUCAUGAAUUUUAACCUAAUCCUGCAGGAUAAGGAUCCUCUGUCUACCAUUAGUCAAUUACAACAGAUUUUUUUCUGAAAGACAAUGGACUGAAGAGAACCAUCAACCAUGUUGAAAGGUCACAUUACAAUUAUUAUCAAAGUAUGGAUAGUUAUACAACCUUGCUCAGACAGCUACAAAACGAAGAAACACAAUAGAACCAUAAAAAACCAACACAACGAUAACUGUAUAUAAUAAUCAAUAAUCCCUUAAGUGUACCAGCAUAGAAGCAAAUUAUAAAAGUGAAAAUAAAGUAGAAAGUUGGCUCUUUGCUACUUGGUGGUGAAGCUGCUCGUGUUUUGUAAGUAGUUCAAGAUAGUUUAUGGGCUGAAAGGCUGACAUUUCUGAUGGGAUGGUAACUACUGCUGUCCUCAUCCCGUACUGGCAUCUUCAAAAAAUCUCUGGUCAGUGUGAAGAAACUUCACAGACAGGAGAAAGUUUCUUUAGGUGAACUAAUGAGAUGCUGUCUUGAUUCAUGCCCAAAUGAAUUCCUGCGUGCUUCUCCAACUCAGAUCAUGUACGCUUGUGAAGUCUUGUCCUAUUUUAUGUGACUUUUUUAAUCAAUUGUUUUUUUUAUGUCCAUGCCUGUGUAUGAACACAUUUCCACCAUACAAUUUAAAUUAAAUUGCAACAGUUAGCCUCUUUAAAUUUUAUUUUGCAUCUAGUAAUAUUUAUAGGUGUAGGUACCUGUAUGACUGGUUUGGUUGCCUUAGUUUGAUGCCAAAAAUUUUUUAGAUUAAAAUGUUUUCAUAUUUAUAAUAAUUAGUUGUCAUUGCUUUCUACGUAAAGCAUUCAUGAUUCAUGUUGGCUGCUAAUGUUAUGCCUUGCCAGGGUCUACUGUUAAACUAGGGAGCACAUUGGCAAGAUUUCACCAAUGCUGGUGUUGCUCGUGUUAGGUGAAGUUUUACUGUCUGCAUUUUGUGUUUUAUUUCAGCUUGAACUGUUCUUAGCCACAAUGUCUUUACAUUUUGGAAAUAAAUACAUCUGUAGUAUGUAAAA